AUGCGAGCAAUAGAGCAGAGGAGAGGAAGCGAGAAGAAGAGAGGAAGCAAGAAGAAGAGAAGAAGCGAGAAGAAGAGAGGAAUCGAGAAGUUUAGAGGGAUGCAGAAUCAAAUGAGGUGGAUUCAAAUGAGGAAUCGAGUAAGGAAUCAGUGGAGGAAUCAGAUGAGGCUUCAGAGGAGGAAGUAG